UUGUCCAGAGCCACAAACUAUGCUGGAUAGCAGAAGCAAAUUUACGCAAGGAAAUAGUCAUCAUUUCACCGCAGACUUAAGAAUUGGCCCUCCUUUCCACACAUCCGCGCAGCACAACCGAAGGUAAACAACAGAAACGAUGCGACUCUCUCUAUUCUAUUUGCUCUCAUGGGUUCUGCAGGCCUCGGCCACCAUUCUGCAGAAUGGCCAGGUUCGAGAAGAUCCGUAUCCUGGGCAGGCUCCGAGUAUUUCGCUGGAGGAUGGCUCCUGGCGGAGUUAUGGGCCGAAUGCAUCGGAGAUAUCGUACAAGGGGAGGUGGGAUAGUAAUUAUGUUUCUUGGUGGUCACUUCCGGGCAUCAAGCUUGGGUUUACCGGCGAUCAGCUUGCUUUGAGCUUCGGUCCACAGACAAGCAAAGGGGUACUUUUGGCUUAUCGAAUCGGUGGUUUGGACUGGGAAUUCUCGAACGUAACUGCGAACGCGACAUACCAAUUUGCUGGAUCAUGGACCCCGGGGUUAAACCUGUCCACCAACCACACGUUCGAAAUGCGAGUCACGAAUUGGGUUCAAUUGUCCAGCGUGUCUGUCGCUUCUGGCUCAAAACUAGUUGUAGUCCCUGCAUACAACAAGACGGUGGAAAUCAUCGGUGACUCCUUCGCAUCGGGACAAUAUGCCACUUAUGAGGGGCUUUCGUCAUGGGCGUACAACUUUGCCGCCGGCCUAGGGGAUGUCGAAUACUCGAUCACCGCAUAUCCCGGAAUCUGCUUGACGGACCAAGAGUGCUAUGCGGAUAAGGCACGGGGCAUGACACAUCAAUGGUUCUACGCCUCUGACGCAGGUGUACGCGCAAACGCUACCUACGGAGACCAUCCCGAGAAAUGGAACUUUAGCUCCCGUCCCCCAGCAGAUCUAGUUGUCAUAGACCUGGGUACAAACGACCGCCGGCCUCAAAACAACAUCCCCGGCUCAACCUUCUAUGACAGCUACGUUGACCUGGUGAACAGUGUACACGACACAUAUCCAAACGCACAGAUAGUCAUCAUGUCCCUCUGGGGCAACUUCACCCGCUCCGACGACACCUACAUCCAAUCCCCAUUCUACGUCUCCGAAAUCCAGCGCGUCUGCCAACACUUCCAAAACGACGGAUUCGUACACUACUUCGGCACCAAAGGCAUCCUUCAACACAACGACAUCGAUCCCCAAGAACACCCAACCGACGUCGGCCACCUAAAAAUCGCCAGCCAUCUAAUGCAAUGGACGAAACUAAAACUCGGGUGGGAAUUCGGAGCCACUGGUCCGGAAGUCCAGCACGAUACACUCUACUGGAAUAACCAGGAUAGCUACCGUUGAUCCCCCAUCCCCACAAGAUGUACCUAUCCAUACCAAACUUCCAAUACGGAAAGAAAGAAAGUAUGUAGGACAACGACCCCACGCUGCACCACACAAAACCCCGAGCCCGAAUCCAGUCCACUCGACUCAAGUCUGCAACAACAUGGUAAUCGGCAUCCA